UCGCCCGGGAGGGGGCCGCGCGGCGCCGGCGGGGAUCGCCCUGGUGGGGCCGGCCCGCGCGUGUGCAGGCGGAUGUGAGGAGCAUGUCAAUUGGCGGCCGGGGAGCGGCUCGGGCUGUUACCACCGCAGCGCGAGCGAGCGCGCGCGAGGAGCCGCAGCGACCGGCGGCGCGAAGGGGCCGCGGGGACCCCGGCCGUCCCGUCCUCCGCGCGCUCCACGAGCCAGGCCGCAGGGCGCGCUGACGCCCCGGCUGCCCCCUCGCCACCAUGAGGAAUAUCUUCAAGAGGAACCAGGAGCCCGUGGUGGCUCCUGCCACCACCACGGCCACAAUGCCAGUCGGGCCGGGCCCCGCGGACAACUCCACCGAGAGUGGGGGUGCUGGGGAGAGCAAGGAGGACAUGUUUGCGAAGCUGAAGGAGAAAUUCUUCAAUGAGAUGAACAAGAUCCCUUUGCCUCCGUGGGCGCUGGUCGCCAUCGCCGUGGUCGCCGGCCUCCUGCUCAUCACCUGCUGCUUCUGCAUCUGUAAGAAGUGCUGCUGCAAGAAGAAGAAGACCAAGAAGGAGAAAGGCAAGGGCAUGAAGAACGCCAUGAACAUGAAGGACAUGAAAGGGGGGCAGGAUGACGACGAUGCAGAAACGGGCUUGACGGAGGGAGAAGGGGAGGGCGAGGAGGAGAAGGAGCCGGAAAACCUGGGCAAACUGCAGUUUUCCCUGGACUAUGACUUUCAGGCCAACCAGCUGACCGUCGGCGUUCUGCAGGCAGCGGAACUGCCUGCCCUGGACAUGGGAGGCACCUCGGACCCGUACGUCAAAGUCUUCCUCCUUCCAGACAAGAAGAAGAAAUAUGAGACCAAAGUCCAUCGGAAGACGCUGAACCCUGCCUUCAACGAAACCUUCACCUUCAAGGUGCCGUACCAGGAGCUGGGGGGCAAGACCCUGGUGAUGGCCAUCUAUGACUUCGACCGCUUCUCCAAACACGACAUCAUCGGAGAAGUGAAGGUGCCCAUGAACACCGUGGACCUGGGCCAGCCCAUCGAGGAGUGGCGAGACCUGCAGGGCGGGGAGAAGGAGGAGCCGGAGAAGCUGGGCGACAUCUGCAUCUCCCUGCGCUACGUGCCCACGGCCGGGAAGCUCACCGUCUGCAUCCUGGAGGCCAAGAACCUGAAGAAGAUGGACGUGGGCGGCCUUUCAGACCCCUACGUGAAGAUCCACCUGAUGCAGAACGGCAAGCGGCUCAAGAAGAAGAAGACGACGGUGAAGAAGAAGACACUGAACCCGUACUUCAACGAGUCUUUCAGCUUUGAGAUCCCUUUCGAGCAGAUACAGAAAGUCCAGGUGGUGGUCACCGUGCUGGACUACGACAAGCUGGGCAAGAACGAGGCCAUUGGCAAGAUCUUCACGGGCCUGAACUCCACGGGCACGGAGCUGCGGCAUUGGUCCGACAUGCUGGCCAACCCCCGGAGGCCCAUCGCCCAGUGGCACUCGCUCAAGCCCGAGGAGGAGGUGGACGCACUUCUGGGCAAAAACAAGUAGGCGGCGCGCCGCGCCCGCGCGCCAGGACAGACACGGACGCGACCCAGAGCUAUCAAUACCUCAGUUACGCACCCUUAGAGGUUCCCCUGUUCAUUUGUCUGUGGUCGUGUCCUCGUUUUUCCUUCCUUUUUGUCUUUUUAAAGACCGACUUCCCUCCGAAGGCUGUGAAGAGAGUCCCCUACGUGGUGACAGAGAAGCCUGGCUCUUGUCGUCAUCCCAGGAGCUGCCCGGCUGCAUGCCUCGUCACGGUCCCCACUCCAUCACAGCUUCACUUAAGCACCACCCGAGUGAGGCCCUCUUUUGGUAGAAAGUUGCAGCACUUCCUGUUUUUUGAGCGUUCUGGACCAACAGAAUGGCAGCAUUUCCUGUUUCCUGACAAAGAAGGCAACACAGUGGCCAAAAAUCCAUGUGUGCACGUGUGCGCGCGUGUGUGUGCGCGUGUGUGUGCAUGUGUGCGCGUGUGUGAGCAUCUCUCCGCGUUCCCGGAAUGAGCCAUGGACGGUGAAGCUGUGAGCGAAGAGAAGGUUCUUUGGGGACCCGCAGGUCUGAGUGGAAGGGGAGGUCAGCGUGUGGAGAGGGCUCAGGACCCUCAGGUCAGGUGGCGGAAGCUCCCUUCUUCCUUGUGGGUGGCUAUUUGGGAGGCAAGGUGCAGAGACGAGAUUUGUGCAGAGCAAGGACCGAGGCCCUGAGGCCGUCAUAGACUUCCUGCUGGCGGCUGUGGCUGCCCCGCGGGGGCUGUUCCGGGCACAUUCGUGGACGUGAACUCUUCGCUAGAUUGGUCGGACGCUAACAGGGACGCCAGUCCCGGGUCCUCACUCUUGUUGACAGUUAAUAUCUAACUAUGAAGAAACAGAAGACCUGUUACCCAGACAGACCAAAACGAAGCUUCUGGCUCUCCGACCCCUCCAGGGGGAAAGAGACGCUUUCUCCCUUGGCAGAACAUAAGCCUGCAGGCCAUUCGCUCGCUCCGCAUCCUGCUUUUGCUUGUGUUUUCUCUUUUAAUCUAAGUGGAGCAAUGCUGUCGGAAGACACGUCAUCUGUUCAGAGCCAGAGAGCUGUAAGGAAGGUUUAACUGUUCUUAGUUCCCCCCGAGGCCCAGGUAAGAAGGGGGAGGACGGUGGACGGAUGGCGGAGAUUUCCUGGGUAACGUAGACAGCAGCACCGAGAGCGCCCUUAGUCCCACCUCUCCGCCCUCCCUGCCAGGGGCUUACGGGCAGCUGGCAUGGCCCCGCGCAGCCCGCGCGGAGGGCUCACCCCGCUGUUCCUCAGGGAGGCUUCUCUCUGGGUGCCAUGAGUCAGGGGGCCUCUUUCCAAACGGGCGGUGGGGACCCCUGCUAGGGUUUCUACCCCACGCUCAGGUGUGUCCCGUUCCCUGUUCACCUUCUGUCCCCAGCACUGAUAAAAAGCCAUAUAUAUGUUAGUCAAGUUUGCACUGAGUCCCCUUCCAAACCUUCAUCCAGGCAAGACGUCGGCCCCACACGGCCUCAGGCCGGCACCGCUCUGCCGGGCCGUCUCCCGGCCUGGCCUCCCUCCCUGCGGCCUCUCCCUUCCGCCCAUGAAGCCCCCCGGCCCUGGCACUGCGUUCACGCACAGCGUCCCCAGGAGCCUGGGGACGGGUCUCUUCUUCCCAGCAAAAGUGGCGGCACGUCCUGUCCUGCCCCAUCUGGGCCACCUCAGCUUCCUGUAGGCGCCUGAGACAGAUGGACACUGUUGGUGAGAAUCAGGCUUUGAGGACCCAGCACGAACAAGGUGCAGAGUGUCUUUUGAUUUUACUGAACGAAAGGAGAAGGGUGUUUGGUCUUUGCUUUGCUACCUUGUCCGGUUGGAGUAGGGGUGAGGAAACAGAGCGGGAAGCCGGGCUCAGCCUCGCCCGCCUCACAGGGACCCGUCUCUUUCUUACCAGUGGCCUGGGAAGUCGUUACUGGACCCUGUGUGCACCUGUGUGUGCACCUGUGCACGCACGUGUUGUGUACACGUGUGUGCUGGCAGAGGUUGUAGGGCAGUAGGGCUCCUGCAGAGGUGGGCAUCAGAAGUCGCUGGUCUCUUCUCCCCUCCCCAGAGCUGUGGGACCUUGGUGCUUUCUCAGGGUCUCCCUCGCUCAGCCCCUCCCCUGCACCCCACACACCGUACCAUAGACCCUCUGCCAUCACUCUCACCCCGUCCCGUCAGCCUUCCUCCCUUUCCCGGGCCACCUUCUCCUGCCUGGAGGCCUCUCCCAUGAGCCACGUCCAGCCAUUCCAGAGCCCAGGGCUGGCCACUGUCCUGACAGGGAGGAAAGGGACCAGCAGGCAUCUCUGGUGGCUUGGGUGUCCCUGGGCCUGGAGACAGGCUGGGUUUUAGUGCCCGGGACCCACCUGUAGGGGGCAGCCUUGAGGGAUCCGAACCGGUAGCUGAGAGGUGGGGUGUUGGUGCCAGGAGUGACCGGGUGUGCAGAGCAAUUCCCUCCCGGGCUCCGCGGGUCCUGGGGUGGGCACGUGGCCCAGCUGAGCCUUCCUAGCCGAAGGCACCUGUCUGGACCGUGGACAGGGCACACACACUUCUGUAAGUUUUCUCCACCCGAGGGAUGACGUUACCCGAACCGCAGGAUGUCAUGCUGAACCCUCACUGCCACGCAGGAUUCUUUCUGAGGCCCUUAGGGAGCUGGGGCGCAGGCCCCAGUCUAUUCCAGGGACCAUGAAGCCCAAACCCAACCACACCCAGAAACUGGGGGAGGCCGGGAAGCUGCCUUCUUUCUCCUUGCGGAGCAUUCCGGAAGGGAGACCGCCUCUGCCAGAGCGACAGGCAGAUGUGGCCUGUGGAGAUGGAAGUUGAGGCUGGGGGCCAGGGAAGGGCUAGGGCCGCCCCGACAGCGAGGAGCAGUGGCUCCAGGGGCCCCUCAGCGGAGGCUGAGACCAGUCUCAGGUCCCGGAGACCGUGCCCCGCUUGUCCUCUGCCCACUCAGUUUGGUGGCUUCGCUGACCCGGGGCCUCAGCGGGAGGGGUGUGGAGCGAGGGCUCGCUGCAGCCCCCAGCCGAGCAGAGCGGCUGAGGACCCUCCUCUGGGGUCGGGGAUGGACGAGCCGCACUCUAACACCUGGGUUAGGCCUUGGCCUCGCCCAAGAUCACACAGAGGCUGCCCCUCGUGUGUCUCCCCCCAGAUGUAGGCGGACACUGAGCCGUCACUGCCCGCCCGCCUGCGCUCGGCCCCUCUCCUGCCCUGUCCCCCCUGAGGCUGGCCGGGGCCCUCAGAGUCCUGGGGGUGGUGGACAGGGAAGCGUCUCAAGGUCUGAUCUUGGGGACCCAGAACCCCAGGACACCGUUGCCGGAUUUGGCAGAUAAAAAGACAAGACGCCCAUUCAUCUUUGAAUUUCAGAUAAACAACAAAUGAUUUUAAAGUAGAAGUCUGUCCUGGACACACUCUACUAAAUGUGAUUUGUUGUCUGAAAUUACACUGUGGGUGGCCUUCCUGCGUCUUCCGUGGCAGCUGACCCCACGGCCACUUGUCCCCUCGCCCUCCGUCCCAGGGGCCAGACUGGUUGCCAGGGGUUUCACGUCACCUGCUUUUUGAGCUGCAAUACUGAGAAGGGGACACUGUGACUUGAAGACACAUGAAUAUACUUUAUUUUUUAAGCAACAAAACGAGAACCUUCUGAAGCCAUUUGAGCCUCGCCCGACCCUCCACGUGCGUUUAGUUGCAUAAAAGACGGCAGCUGUCGGUAGCGCCGGCAGCCAGCCUCGCUCGUCCCGUGCAUGUCUCUGACUUCUGUAAAUAGUGCAUGGCGGGUGCCGACCCCACGCCACCUCACGUCCCCCACCCCGCCCGGCCCCAGCGAGAAGCCCCGGUGCGCGCCGCCACCUGCCCCGCCGUGGGGACGUUGGAGGCCGGUCCCCGCCAGCUGCACAUCCGUCUGCGGGGCCGACCCUCGGGGCAGCGAGCUCUGUGUCCGGCCUGCUGUCUGGCGUCUGCUUCACCCACUGUGUGAAUUAACUGAAAAGCCAUAAAGGGCUCCUGCCGGGACUGGCUUGCCCCCUCCCAGGAGCCCCCGCCCUGACUGGCUCCCCACAGAACACACGCGAAGGGCUUGUCCGCUCACCCUCCGGCGCUCAGCCUGUCAGGAAGCGGACGGUGUCCAGGGCCCUGGUGGAGCCUCAGGAGAUGUUGCCCUGGCAAGCCGGCUCUCCCACCCCGCCCCCAAGGUUUGACCAUCCACGUCCACCUCCACCCUGCGGUGGGCAGGGCCCUGGUGGCACGCCACCGUGUUGGGUACUUUCUGGGGCCUGUGGGGUCAGGGUCCCUGGAUGGCAAUGGCGGGGGGCCUUGGGGGACACCGGAGGCAGCUGUGGGUCUUGCUCCUCUCACAUGGUUCCUCCUGCAGUCGGACAGAGGGCAGCCCGCGCUGGGAUGGGCAUGGCUCAGGGGACACCCCACGCCUCCCGUCAGCGCCCCAGGGCAGCCCUGUCAGGUGCGCCUGGGGGCAGAGGUGGGGAGAGGGGGGCUGGGGACUCCCGGGGUCCCAGGUCAUCAUGUGAAACCAAGGGGGACAUGUAGCUUCCAGUGUGCAGCCCCUCGCCCCCCGGGACCCGACAAGUUCUGGGAACAUAGAAGGUGAGGCCUGAGUGUCUGGCAGGCGUGCCCGGCAGCCAAGGUGGCUGGAGGGCUCUGCCCCUCACGAGGUUCGAUGCCUGAGCACACAGCGCCCCAGAGAGCUCCUUCCGAGGACAUGGAAGGGCGGGGAGACCAGGGGCUGUGUCUGAGCCGACCGGGUGCUUGGAGAAGUGGGGGGGGGGGCGCAGGGCUCGCUCUGGUGCCCGCCACUCUCCCCCCACGGCAGAGUGAGGCCAGCGUGAGGGCGAGUGUGUGUGCUGAGGCCGAGCGGGUGACUGUGGGGUGUCCCCACCCAGCCUUCCUCACCAGGACGACCUCACAGAAGCCUGACCGUCCUGCCCUGCCCCCCAUCCGAGGACUUGAUUUGCUGCUUCCUGAGAGUUUCAAAAGCAGGGCGGGCAGACCCUCGCCUGCCCAGGUCGCCCCAGGAACCCCACCUUCUCGGGAGGACACACGCCAGCCCCCCGCCCCCCGCCCAGCUUGGCAAUGCUCUCCACACCCUCGUGUGGACUGUUGUUCUUGUCUGAUCUCUUGUCAAAUUAUUUUGUAAUGAGCUGCGUCUCCUUAUUAAAGAAAUGAGCUGAAAGAAA